AUGGCGGACGACCUGGAGGUAGAGAAGGCGCGGCUGCUGAGCUUGGCUUCUGAUUUCGGCUUCGACGAGGAAGCUGCGAGGAAAUGCUUGGAGAACCUUGUUCGCCUAUAUGGUCGAAUUCUCCAACACCAUUCGUCAUCCCUGUUUUCGCAUUCAUUUUUCCCAUGUGGGUAACAUGUGGGUACCUCCAUGGUGAUUAUCCCGCUGCCAGGGGAGGACGGUAGGGACUUCAUCACCGUUGAGCACUGCGGCGAUGAUUUCCUCGCGUCCCUGGCUGACUCCAUCGCAGACAUCGAGGAUUGGGAUGAUCCGCAGGCGAUCGAGUCCGAGACUUGUUCUGUUCUUAACGGCAUUCUGGAAAGAAAAGAAAAAAUGAAGGGGAAGCAUGCCUUUGGGGAAGCAUCUUGUGGGAUCAGUGGAGGAGACUCGAUGACAGUGCAUCCUUCUGCGGACGACGACUCGGACUUGGAAAUCUUAAGCGACAUGGAUAUGGGCCGCAGCCGUUUCUUAAGCCGUGAGGCGGAUAGCACGAGCUGCCUUGAUAAUUUCAGCUCUGUUGGCAAGGUUUCCUCAAGAUCCACGUUAUACAUCUGUGUGAUGUUACUACCAUUUUUUGCUAUGAAAAAUUUGAAGCAUUGCUAUUUUGCCGGUUUUUAGUUUUUCAGAAGCAUUAGGUCGUGCACAACGAAUAGGAUUGCGUUAAUUUUUCAGAAGAGACCGAUUCUGGAGUUUUUUUCACUACUUUAAUGUUUCAGGAGUGAAAUUACGAGGUUUACAUAAAUUUUAUUUUUUUCUUCAUUUAUCCAGGUAGAUCAGAGAAGAAAGAGAACCGUGUCUGCUUCGUCACCUCCCAGUAGCAGAGGGACGCCUGGUAGUAAAUCAAAAGAUGCUCAGAAAACUCUCAGUUAUGACGAAAUUCAGGCUCUAGAUGAUAUCCAAUUGGCCAAUGUUGUGAUAUUUGGCAACAAGACAUUUCGACCUCUUCAGCGUGAAGCCUGCAGAGCAGCCAUGGAAAACAAAGAUUGCUUUAUUCUUCUACCCACUGGUGGCGGCAAAAGUUUAUGCUAUCAGGUCACCUCUUUGCAUUGAAUAUUUGAUCACCAUUUACAUAGUUUGGACCGUCUGUCAGCUCAUUCUCUUCUGAAACCCAAUGAUUCGAUUUGCUUUUGUCCAUGGUUUGGAGUAGUUUAUGAUUUCAAUUCCUUAUAUGAAAAAUUAAAAUCAGUCAUAUCAUUUCUAAAUGAUGCACCGUGUUAAAUUGCAGUCUUCCUCGUGUAAAUCAGACUUCCUGUUCGACUGUGCAUCAAACCGUUCAACUUUUUGUUGUCAUGUUAUUCAUUGAUUCCUGAAUGAAUCAUUUCAUAGUUUUAUCAUGUGCCUUGUACCAUGUCGUUUGACAGACGCAAAAGCAGAGGAUGUGUAAAACAUUUUGACUGGUACAUUACUCGAAAGUUAAUAUUUAGAAGAAAUAUUUUGAACAUCAAUUGAAAAAUUCAUUGCACUGCUGUGUUAGAACUGGGAGGCUUGUAAUUACGCCACUGACCAAGAUACUACUGAUAAAACUGAUACUGAGAAGAAGAGUCGUUCAAACUCGUCCACCUGUCUUGAAUAGAUUAACGGAUUCUCUCCUCAAGUCUUACCUGAUCUCCACUUCUUGUAAAUCGGAAAUUUUUGUGUAAUCUCCUCACUCAGAUUAGGAUAUAUUCCUCAAGUGUUCACACAUCUUGACUUUAAAGGGAACACCUUCAUAUGAUAUUAACUUUAGAGAAAUAAUGUCAUGAUAUCAAGAAAUUUAUGCUGCACAAUUUUAUAAAUUAAUAUGAAUAGAUCCUCUGGCCAUGACUUGCAUGUGGCAUCUUGCUCAAAUGGCUGGUGAAAUGCCAGAUCUAAUGUCUACUGUUGGGCCUUGAGGAUGCUUUCUUUUUGCAGAGUCCUGGGUUUCCUACUUGAGAACAAAAGGGUGUCCUCAGUUUUCUCCCUUUUUCUUUUUUUUUGACAACAUGCCUACCACAUGAAAAUUUCUAGAAUGGGUUAUCGUUCUCAACUUUUUAUUUUUCAUAUGCUUUGAUUUUACAUCUUACAUUCAAUUGUUUUUUUGGGGGGAUAAACAGCUUCCUGCAACUCUCCACCCUGGUGUUUCUGUUGUGGUAUGUCCUCUUCUUUCCCUCAUCCAAGAUCAAGUCAUCACAUUAAAUUUUAAGUUCGGGAUCCCAGCUACGUUUUUGAGCUCUCAACAGACAGCUUCCCAAGCAUCGGCUGUGAUCCGAGAGCUGAGGUAACAAUCCUAUAAUUUAUCUGUUAAUAAUGCACUCUUUAUUUUUUGGAAAAACGUUCUAGUUAUCGUUGAAACAAAGUUAAUAAAAUUAGAUUGAAAAGGUAAAGAUCCUGCAGCUUAAUCUAAGCUGAUGAUAUGCUUUUGAUGUAUCUUGAAAAAUUAUUCUUCUGUCCAUAUUUGAAAUAUUAUCCUCAUUAUUGGAAAAUAGCUGUCAACAGUGAUUCUAACACUUUAUCUGGUCCAUCUGUUUUGCUUGAUAAAAAAAUGCAGUUCAUUCUGAUCUGUGAAUGGCACGAGCUUGAGGUGCUAGAGAUUUCGUAGAAAUAUAAAGAUAUCAUGCCAAUGAAUCAUUAAUAAUUCAAUUAGUGCUUCACAUCAGUUUCUUAACUAUUUUGGCAAGAACCCUUUUUCUUCUGCGGCCAUCUAUGUAACAUUUGAUCCCUAUUGGUUUAACAUUAUAAAUCUAAUAGCAUCUUUUAUAUCAUAUUAUUGCAAUCACAGGAAAGACAGCCCAUCCUGCAAACUUUUGUAUGUCACUCCUGAAAGGAUUGCUGGAAGCCCAUCGUUUAUGGACAUCUUGAAGAGCUUGCACCGGAAGGUAUCCAUCUGGUUGGUAGAAUUCGGCAUUUACAGUCCAUUGCAACUCAUCAAGCAUGCAUCUCCCACGAGAUAUGCUCCAUAAGGGCCUGACAAAGGAAUCAUGACAGGGUCGGCUAGCGAGAUUUGUAAUCGAUGAAGCACACUGUGUGAGGUUCGGACUUUGACUGAUAAACUGUCGUGUGCAUCUUACUUGCCCAUAAUAUCUAGAAGAUAUCCAUGUAUUGAAUUCUAUACCUUUUUUCUAUCUUGCGCUACCCAGUCAAUGGGGACAUGAUUUUCGGCCGGACUACAGAGAAUUGGGAUGUUUGAAGCUUCACUUCCCUGGGAUCCCAAUCAUGGCGUUGACUGCGACUGCCACGCAACCUGUCCGUAAGGUGAAUUCAGCAUUCUUGAGAAACCUGGAGAACUUCCCUUAAGAACAGGCUUUUGAUUUGGGAUGCUUUCCGCUGCAGGACAUCUUAUGUGCUUUGAGAAUUCCACACGCCCUGGUCCUCGAAACGAGCUUCGACAGGCCUAAUCUUAAGUACGAGGUCUUACCCAAGAGCAAGGACCCGUCGAAGCAGCUUGGGAAACUGCUGAAGGAGCGCUUUUGUGGCAUGUGUGGAAUCAUUUAUUGCCUCUCCAAGAGCGAAUCCGUCGAUGUCUCCACUUACCUGAACGAUGAAUGCAAGAUAAAGGCAGUCUAUUACCAUGCAGGAUUGGCUUCUCGUCAAAGGGUCAGUGUCCAGAAGAGAUGGCACUCUGGAGAGGUCAACGUCGUCUGUGCCACGAUUGCCUUCGGAAUGGGCAUAGAUAAAGCAGAUGUUGUGAGUCUUCCUCAUUUCUAACUUCUCUCUCUCUCUUCCCACUUGAAUUCCCAUCGUGGGUAUCUGCUUCAUAUUAUUAUUAUUAUUAUUAUUAUUAUUAUUAUUAUUAUUAUUAUUAUUAUUAUUAUUAUUAUUAUUAUUAUUAUUAUUGUUAUUUAUGUUAUUAUCAUUCAAGGACUAUAGUUUGGGCUGAAGAUAUCUUGCAUCCUUCUCGUUACAGCGGUUUGUUGUCCACAACACGCUGUCGAAAUCCAUUGAGAGCUACUACCAAGAAUCUGGGAGGGCGGGGAGAGAUAAUCUUCCGGCGACAUGCAUCGUUUUGUACCAAAAGAAGGAUUUCAGCCGCGUUGUCUGCAUGCUGCGGAGUGGGAAGGGCUCCAAGACCGUGAACUUCAAGAACGCGAUGGUCCAAGCAAAGAAGAUGCAGGAGUACUGUGAACUCGAGGUACUGUUGCUGCUCUUCAGUAGAUUUUCUGUUCACCUCUGUUUUUUUUUAUAAAAAAAAUAUUUUACCCUUACAAAAAAGUAAAUAUAAUUAUUUUUAAGUGGAUCACGUUAUAUCCCAACGACAGCUGUGGAAAUCUUAUUCUGUCUGUUUACUGUCGCUUUAUGGGGCUUUUCUCUGGGUAAUGCUGAUUCAUCCUUCUCACAUUGGACUUGACUUCUGCGCUUGCUUCUGAGGGUUCGUUGACUUGAAGAUGGUUUAUUUCCCAGACGGAGUGCCGGAGGCAAGCUCUUCUGGAGCACUUUGGCGAGCGCUUCGACAGGCAAAGGUGUAGAUCUUCUCCAAGUCCCUGUGACAACUGCCACAAGGCUUCUAGAUGA